AUGGAGUGGUUCUGGAGUGCUGUGGCCACAGCACGGCGGAGCUUCUAUGAAGCGCUCAGACAUGGCGAGCCUCAAGUGCUGCACUUUGCGGUGGACGAGACCUUCAGCGCCCAGAACUUCCCGCAGGCCUCGGAGCACGAGCUGCGCCAGCGCCGUCGCACCUGGCAGGAGCUGCUGCGCCGCUUCCAGAAGUAUGGUCACUUCUCCACCGGCAAUUUGGUGACUCCACUGGAAGGUGGCGAUGCAUGCUUCACAGAGAUGCUGCAGGCGAUUUCCCUAUCCCAAAGCCGGGUGUGGUGUGAAAGCUACAUCUUUGACAACAGUCGUGUCGCCGAGAUCUUCUUCACCGCCCUGCGCGAUGCCGCGUCGCGGGGCCUCGAUGUGGUGCUGCUGGUGGACUACAUUGGUGCCUUCGCACUACGACAGGACUGGGUCCGCGAACUUCGCAACGCAGGAUGCGACGUGGUCUUCUUCAAUCCCGUGCUGCCUGCGAGUCUCUGCGUGGGGCCCAUCUCCUUCAGAGAUCAUCGAAAGAUCAUGAUCUGCGACGAAGUGGGCUUCUGUGGCGGCAUGAACAUCCAGGAGGAAGUCGGUGAAGAACUCUUCGGCACCAGUCGCUUCUACGACGUGCACGCGAAGCUGCAGGGCCCCUGCGUGGCGGAUCUGGCCGAAGUCUUUCGCGACUCACUGAAGGAAGCCGGUGGACAUGUGGUGCGAAAUCCUAUUGAUCCACCUGCCAGGAUAGAGCCUGGCGUGUAUGUACAGAUCUUGCAGUCCAACGUACGACAAAGGCGGAGGACCUUGCAAAAGGUCAUGGCCAAAAGCAUCGAUGGCGCCCACGAGUCCGUGCUACUCACCACGGCAUACUUCUUCCCGCCAACCUUUCUGAAAGGCGCACUAUUGCGUGUUCCUGCACGUGGAGCGCAUCUCUCUCUGUUGCUGUCCGGUUCCUCAGAUUUUUUCCCUUUGCCCGGCGACUUGCUGGCACAGUCGCAUUUCUUGCGCAACUUCCUGCGAGAUACGUCCGAAGAGCGCGUGAAGGUCUACCUCUACGAGAAGCGGCACAUGCAUGCGAAGCACAUGUGUGUGGAUGGUGUGUUUUCAACCAUCGGAUCCUUCAACUUCGAUCUAUAUUCUGCGCGGCGAAAUCUGGAAGUGGGCGUAGCCGUCUUUGAUCGCAACUUUGCACUCAAGAUGCAGGACUUACACAUGAAGCGAGUAGCUGAAUCACGGCGAAGCUUUUACAGUGAUUGGAUGUACCACCAACCUUUGGUGCGUGCUGCUUGUGCUGUGGCUUUCAGCUUAGUUCGACUCUCUGGUCGAAACGUCUUCGACGGGCUGGACUGUUUUCAACGGAAAUGGCUCCUUCGCAAGGCAUCCCUCACUUUCCUGCUGGAGGAGCAGUCGGCACAGUUUAUCGCUACCUCGAUGAUGUGGGGCCUGGAGUGA